AUGGUCUUCAUGCGUCCCCUCAUUUCUACGCUCCUCCUGGCCAGUUCUGCCCUCGCCCAUCCCCUCACCUCCCGUGCUGCGCUCCCAACCUGCGUUCAAACCACAUCGAAUGGCUUUACCCACCCUGGGAUCUACCACUCAUGCGCCUCUCUCAACCGCAUCCAAUCUCAGAUCUCCGCUGGCCCCUCUCCCUUCACCGACGCCCUCACUAGUGUAAUCUCCAAAUGCAACUUCCUCAAAUCCUCAACAUGGUCCAUGAGCGGUCCCUACGCAGAGGUCAUCUGGGCCGGCGACGACGGCCACAAUAUUCCUCUCCAGACUGACGGGAAAGCCGCCUACAUUAUGACUUUGGGCUGGUAUGCCACCGGCAACACCACCUGGCUCGACAGGUCCCUCACUGUGAUCCGUGCGUGGUCCACAACACUCAAUUACCUCAACGAGCAAAUCCAAGGCGGCGAGGGAAUGGCCUAUAUGACGGCUGCCGCCGAGAUCCUCCGCGCAUCUCCAGCAUCCGGCUGGACAUCCACAGACACCGCCAAUUAUCUUGGCAUGUUUGAGCGCAUCCGCGCCCAGCCGUGGACCGACAGCGACGGCCUGUCAGGCGCAGACUUCUUCAUGAAUCAGGGCGCAUACGGGAACUCUGCUGUCAUGGCGCUGGCCGUAUUCGCGGAGGACGCAGAGCUGUAUAAUACCAUGGUGCACCAGGCGACGGUGGGCGACCACCCGGAUAUCACGCUGGACUAUGCCAUCUCCAUCCAGAUCAGCGCGAAGCCGGACUACUAUGGCCAGGUGACGGAGAUGGGCAGGGACCAGGGACACCCGAUGGGGACGCUGAGGGCCGUGAGCUAUAUGGGCCUCACUGCGCUCAUCCAGGGCAAGAUUGGAGGCGUGCAGACGAACUUCUUCACGCACAAUAAUACACGCUUGAUUGCCGGGUGGGAGUACUGGGCGACGUAUAACGGCGGUGAGGACGUGCCCUGGGGAGAGAGAGUUAUCCGGCCCGGAAGCGGAGAGGUGUGGACGGUGGUUAGUGAGACAAGUAGAGGGUCGGAUUAUAAUAAUGGGAAGAGCCCGGUAGAGGCGAUCGGGGUCGGGUAUCACCAGUAUUUUAGGAUGGGCUUGGCGAGAAGUAUGCCGAAGUACACGGCGUACCUAGGGGACUUGGGACUGGGGUUUGAUACCUUUGAGUUUGGGGAUCCGAAGAGUGUGGCGGCGUUGGGACUAUAG